AUGCCGCCCCUCUCGGCGCACCUGCCGUCGCUCGCCGGCCUCGUCAAGUUCGUCGCCGGCACCCUCGCCAUCUCGCUCACGGCCGGCGGCGCCGCCCUGUACCUGGGCCAGUGCCGCCUCAUCUACCCGGCCAACAUGCCCACUGGCUCGCGCACCACCGUCCCGCGGCCCGACGAGUUCGCCAUGGCCCCCUUCGACGACGUCGCGCUCCUCACCCCGGACGGCGUCAAGGUCCGCGCCUUUGUCAUCCCGUACGCGCGAGACGGAGUCAAGCCGAGCGAGAGACCGACUGUGCUCCUCCUCCACGCCAACGCGGGCAACGUGGGUCACCGCCUGCCGAUCGCCAAGGUCUUCUGGGAGCGCAUGCGCUGUAACGUCGUCGCGCUCUCGUACCGAGGAUACGGCCAUAGCGAGGGCUCCCCGUCCGAGCGAGGCAUCAAGCUCGACGCGCAGACGGCCCUCGACUACAUCCUCUCGCACCCGGACCUCGACAAGACCCAGAUCUUCCUGUACGGCCAGAGCAUCGGCGGCGCCGUCGCCAUCUUCCUCGCGAGCCAGAACGUGCAGCGGGUCAAGGGCCUCAUCGUCGAGAACACGUUCCUGUCCCUCCCCAAGCUCGUCCCGCACAUCCUCCCCUUCCUCUCGCCUUUCGUCCCUUUCCUCCUGCACCAGAUCUGGCCCUCGGAGCAGUACAUCCAGACCCUCCCCGACGACUUCCCCGUCCUGUUCCUCGCCGGCAGUCGAGACGAGCUCGUCGAGCCGGGGCAGAUGAAGGGCCUGUGGGAGCUGUGUCGGAGCAGGGCCAAGCGGUGGAUCGAGUUCCAGUACGGGACGCACAACGAUACGUGCCUCCAGCCGCAGUACUUCCACUAUAUCGGCUCGUUCAUCGGCGAGCACACCUCCCGCCCUGCUGCGCCUCCACCUCGACCAUCCGUCUCGACCUCGGCCCCUCCCGCACCGCCCUCGCCCGUCGAGGCGCCCACAGCCGCGGCGAGCGCGAGCGCAGCCGUCGAGCCCGCCGAGCCCGUCGAGCCAGAGCCUGAGCGCGAGCCGUCCUCGCCCGCCGUCUCGACCACGAGCAGCAGCGGCUCGUCCUUCGAGCUCGUCGACCGGUCCGUCGCGUCGCUCACGGCGGCCGACAAGGGCGACGGCGCUGGCGCAAGCGCAGGCGCAGGCGACGACGAGAAGGAGCGGCGGUCCGGGCGGCCGGGCGGCAUGUCGGCGGGGAGCAUGGGUCCGCGGCAGGAGCUCGAGGAGGCGAUGCGCGAGGGCGAGGAGCUCGUCAAGGAGAAGCUGUGAGCGAGGGAGGGGGGAGCGGCGCAGGUGGGCGGAGCGGGUGGCUGCGAGGCGAGGAGAGGAGGAGGAGGAGGUCGCACGUUCGGCGUGUUGUACUCGAGCCAUCCGCUGCCGCUAGGCUGUACUACUACCUUCGCGCCCUUACUUGACU